AUGCUUGUGGCAGACACUUUAUGGAUCAAAUGGGUGCACACAUACAUCAUUAAAGAUCAGUGUCUUUGGGCUAUGGAGGUUCCGUGUGAUGCCUCUUGGACUAUGAGAAAGCUGCUUGGCCUUAGAAGGUUGGGUCAAUCCCUCAUUAAAUAUCAGAUUGGUAAUGGAGAAAGGACCUUCUUGUGGUGGGAUAAUUGGCACCCUCUUGGUCUCUUAUAUGAUCGAUUUGGGGAUAGAGUGGUGCAUAAUGUUGGCAGAUCUUUAAGGGCUAAGGUGGCUUCAAUAGUGGAAAAUGGGGCUUGGAGAUGGCCUAGAUUAAGAAACCACCUUAUUCAGACCAUCGUCUCUCACACUCAGAAUUUGGUUCCACACCCUGAGAUGGUGGAUUCAGUAAUUUGGGUGCCUCAUCCUAGUGGUAUUUUCACUAUUAAGUCUGCUUGGGAAGCUAUUCGGGAGAAAUUCCCUAUUCAGCCUCGAUUCAAGGUUAUUUGGGGUAGUCAUAAUGUCCCUAGAUGGUCUUUUAUACUUUGGUUGGCAGCUCUUCACAGACUGAGUACUAAGGACAGAUUGAGAAACUGGGGUAUGGCUUUGGAUGCUCUUUGCUGCCUCUGCCAGGAUGAGGAGGAAUCACAUCAUCACUUGUUCUUUGAUUGUUCAUAUUCUACACGUGGCAAUGUAUCUUGGGAUACUUUCAGAUUUGUUAGUUUGAAGAGUACAUUGACAGCUACUGUUUAUGGUCUUUGGCAGGAAAGAAACUCUCGUAUUUUCUGUGCAAAAAUGAAGGAUCAUACUCAGGUGGCAACAGAUAUAGCCAAUGGGAUUCGUGCUUUCCUUAGCUCCAGAAGGAAUGUAAAACAAUCCUUGCAAAAUCGGAGUAUUUGUGAGAUAUGGGGCUUGCCUCAUAGGAUCAUGCAAUCUGUAUAG